AUGGUGCGCAAACUCAAACACCACGAGUCCCGCCUCCUCCGCAAAGUCGACCUCCUCACCUACAAAUCCGAUGGACCCUCGCACCGCGAAGCCGCAGUCCGGCGACGCUACCACCUCAACCACCAACUAGACUACUCGAAGUACAACGCCUUGUGCGGUCGACUGAGGCAGCUCGCCCACAUGCUGAGCAAUCUGGACCCGACGGACCCAUACCGGGUCGAGAUGGAAGCCACCAUGUUGGAGAAACUGCACCAGAUGGGGAUCCUCAAGCAAAAUCGCAGCCAAGGCGCCGGCCUAUCGAGCAUAGAGAAGGAUGUUACUGUUUCUGCGUUCUGUCGCCGCCGGUUGGGAAUUGUGAUGGUGCGGAACGCAAUGGUCGAGCAUGUCGCCACGGCGCACAAGUUUGUGGAGCAGGGCCAUGUGCGGGUGGGAACCGAAGUUGUGACGGAUCCGGCCUUUCUAGUCUCUAGGGGCAUGGAGGACUUCGUCACAUGGGUAGACGGCAGCAAAGUCAAGAGGCAUGUUCUGCAGUACAGAGAGAAGCUGGAUGAUUUCGAACUGCUGUGA